AUGGAAUACAAUAUCGUUAUUUUUCUGGCCCUGACUUGUAUCCUAUUUAUCGGCCAGAGUUGCUUGGCGGCUCCCUCGGCCGAUGAUUUGGCCAAAUUUGGUGAAAUGGAACGUUCCAUCAAGGAGCUGACCAGUUCGAUCCUGGCCAUGAGUGGAGCUACUCCCGGCUUUAGACCCGGUGCUAAUAAUGUUUGGCCUGAAGAUCUUCAUGCUUAAGUUCUGGCCAAAA